UGCAGAGGAGGGAGGAGGAAGUACGUUGGCAAAGCAGCCGUCAGCGGGCCCUCACGCUGCGUUGGGGGAUCAGACCCCAGGCAAAGGGAAGCCACGGGGCCAUCCGAGCUCCACUUCAGCCCUUCUCCAAAGCUGCCCCCCUUGGAGAGUCAACGCCAAAUCCUUCCUGAUCCACAAUGUCCCUCAAGCUGCCACGGAACUGGGAUUUCAACCUGAAAAUGGAUGCUGCCAAAAUAGCCCGCUCCAGGAGUGUGAUGAGCGGUGAGGCCGUGGCCCCCCAGCUUGGCCCCCCCAGCACCAUGGAGCGGCCACUGAAGCUGGGUUGGCUGAAGAAGCAGCGCUCCAUCGUCAAGAACUGGCAGCAGCGGUACUUCGUGCUGCGGGGCCAACAGCUCUACUACUACAAGGAUGAGGAUGACACCAAGCCGCAGGGCUGCCUGUCUCUCCAGGGAAGCACCAUCAAGGAGGUGGCUAGCAACCCAGAGGAAGGAGGGAAAUUUAUCUUUGAAAUUAUCCCAGGGCUUUCUGGAGACCAGAACCGGGCUGGGCAGGAUACCUGUGUGCUCAUGGCCAGCUCCCAGUCCGAUAUGGAGGAAUGGGUUAAGUCCAUCCGACGGGUGCUGGGUUCAGCCUCAGGAGCGGUGUUUGGCCAACGCUUGGCAGAGACCAUGGCCUACGAGCAGAAGUUUGGGCAGCACCAGGUGCCCAUCCUGGUGCAGAAAUGUGCCGAGUUCAUCCGGGAGCACGGGCUGAAUGAAGAGGGCAUCUUCCGCCUCCCCGGCCAGGACAAUCUGGUGAAGCAGCUCAGGGAUGCCUUUGAUGCUGGGGAAAGGCCAUCGUUUGACAGGGACACGGAUGUGCACACUGUGGCCUCUCUGCUCAAGCUGUACCUACGGGAGCUUCCUGAGCCAGUUGUGCCAUGGAUACAGUAUGAAGAUUUCCUGCUCUGUGGCCAAACGCUGGACGUGGACCAGAAAAAGGGGCAUCAGGACCUCUUGAAGCAGCUGUCUCUUCUUCCCAGAGACAACUACAACCUCCUCAGCUACAUCUGCAGGUUUCUAUAUGAAGUACAGCUGAACUCUGGCGUCAACAAGAUGAGUGUGGAUAACCUGGCAACAGUGAUUGGAGUGAACCUCAUCAGACCCAAGAUAGAGGAUCCUGCAACUAUUAUGAGAGGCACGCUGCCAAUCCAGAAAGUGAUGACCGUGAUGAUCAGCAACCAUGCAGACCUCUUUCCCCCAUCCAAGGACGUGCCGCCCUCCCCAACAACCCAACAGAAUGACAAGAAAACCCCCAUCCUGCGCAGCUCUGUGGGCUGGGACUCUGCAGAGGACUCCACAUUGCCCAGGGCAGAGAGCUCAGUCCAAAGGCAAAUGAAAGACAACCCAAGUGCCAGCCGUGCUCCUGGGCUGGCUGUGAGCUCACGUGCACCCAGCGAAGAUACUGGCGUGCAACCAUCCAAAGAUACACUGGGAAUGUGGAAAAUACAAGCAAGGAAAAGGACUCAGACUUUACCUAACAGAAAAUCCUUCCUGACUGCUGCAUCUCCAGGGGAGAAAGGCAGCAAUGACAGGAAUGACAUAUUUAACAAUGACUUUUGGAAAGGCUCCACACAGAGCAACCCAUGUUCUGUGCUCACUGAAGGACAUAAGAGAACGCUAUCUCAUGAUCUUUUCAAGCUGCUCGACCUUCACCGGGCUUCAGCUUAUGACAGCAUGCCCACCUCCCAUGUGGAAAGCAGCAGCUCCAGUCCCAGUCCUGCCAGCAGCUGCUCCGAUAAGGAAUUCCAGCCCUGCCCCAGCCCCUGCCAUCAGCCCCAGGAGCCAACCAGCCCUGCCAGCAGCCCUUCCGAGGUGUUCCAGCCUGCUCCAGAGAGCAAGGAGUCCCUGCAAAACAUGGUCCUGAAGCUGCAGAGAGAAAUGGAUGCACAAAAAGAGACCUAUGAGGAGCAGAUUAAAAGCCUCGAGAAGGAAAACUAUGAUGUUUGGGCCAAAGUGGUGAGGCUGAACCAGGACAUUGAAAGGGAGAAGAAGAAGUCUGAGGAGCUGGAGCUGAAGCUGAAGAACAUGGAGUGCUUGCAGGAGGACUUGGAGAAGAAAAAUAAGAUGCUUGAGGAGGAGAUAAAAACCAUUGCUAAAUCCAGGAGCAAAAGUGAUGCCAAAACCAACUAGGAGAAGACACCCAGCUGUGCACAAACAUAAAAUGCAGCUGCACGAAUUCAAAGGAAUUGCCAAGCAGGACCACAGUCAGGGACUUGUGUUGUCCAAUGCCCUGCGACUGGCUGUGGGCUUGUGCAGAGGAAGGAGCCUGGAAUUUAGAGGCUGGUUUAUGCUCUGAAACAGGAAAUUUCCAAAAUACUGUUUAGCUUUUACUUGUGUGUUUUUUUUCAAGUCCUCUUUCAGCUGCUCAAGUUACCUGUAGAACAGGCCAAUACCUCUUGCUGCUCAGUCAGAACAACUUGCACACAAAAAACCCAAAGCAACAAGAGUCCUUCCUGCCAGCCAGCUGGCUCUAUAUUGGAGACACUAGCGGUGCUUCUGAGUGGAACAGAGCAUUGCUAAAUCCUGGAGCUGGGAAGAUGGAAAACCCCCAAAGUCUUGGGUGGCACAGCCCAUCUCACAGCAUGCCUGGAUGCUGGGCUACAAAUGCUGUCAGCAACACAACCGAGACAUUUGCAUCAACAUAUGCACUUGGUUAUUGCUCUUAUAGAGCAAGAGAAGCCCAGACAGCUUGUUGGGUCCAUCAAGAAACCUCGUGCCCCAUCCCUUGUGCUGUGCAAGACUCGUCGAUAUCAAGGCUCCAGCUGUGAAAUCACAAAAAUCACAACUUCUUCAGUUAAAUUGCUCUUCACUUAUUUUAACUUGCUGAUUCUUACAUCCAUGUGUAUAUAAACCCAGCACGGUUGCUGUUGAGGCUUUGGAGUUUCACGCACAGACAUGGAGCUCUCUAUCUUUCAUUAUUUCAUCAGGAUUCUCUUGGCCCGUUGGUGGAAACCUGGGUUUGCAACCCAGGGAUGAUGCUGGGUCUCUGCCCAUCACUUGCUGCCUUUGGCAUGAGGACUAAUCAACAUGGCUAAUUGUAAACGUGUUGCUUUGGCUGCUUGCUUUCGCACUGCCUGCCAAUGAGUCACCAUGAUGCUGCUGAAGCUUUUGGAGUAGAACAAUAUAGAACAAGAAAAAUAGAACAAGACCCUGAAACCUUUCACUCAUUGAUAUUCAGAAGGGUGACCCACAACACACAGCUUCAGCCCAGCCUCUGUGGAUACAGAAAGGGGAUCAGCAGGAGUUAUCAACAAAGACUUGUAGGACUAAAUGCACUCUUCUGUGCCAAGCACAAUGGAGUUAAUGCAAAUAGAUUGCUGUUACUGAGGACUUGAAGUGAAAGCUCAGCUCCAGACAGGCUGCAGGACUGCUUAGCAGAGAUCUGCAAAGAAAAAAAGGACUGGAGAGAGAAAGAGAUUCAGAAGAGACUGUGAAAAGAGAAAGAUGGGAGUGGGAAAAUGUUUGUAGAGAAUAAAAGCCAUUAUUGGGUAUAUAGCACUUGCUGUGGGGGAGUUCUGUAGCCCUGAAGCUGACAACUCCUUAGGCUCAAGCUCAGACAUGGUGCAUGUAUUGAAUCUGUCUUUGCUCAGCCAUGGUUGGAAAAUCCAGGUAAAGGAAAUGUAAGAGUUGAGCAUUUAGGAGCCUGACCCAUAAACAGAACAUUCCCAUGA